AUGUGUCGUCUAUCAAAUGCAACACUGAAUACUCUAACAAACUUUCGUGUGGAGUUAACUGAUUAUUUACAGAACCGAUAUAUGUAUACGUCAAUAUCUGCGAUAUUAAUUGAUGAAUACAAUGCUUUGUCCGUUGUCAAAUUGAAAGAUAAUUCGAUUUUCACAUCCACUCCAUAUGAAAAAGCUGCUUCGAUUUCAAAAUCCGAAACCAAUGAUAUAUUUCAUACGGCACGAAUAGUAAUCGUCUUUUUAAAACAGGAAUUGUGUUCCAACAACGAUGAUAGAAGUUCUCCACCACGACCAGUUUCACCGGUACAUCAAUCAACAACAGUAACACCUGACAAAUUCGUACUCAAUCAGCCGGUGACAAUUCAAUUAAUAGACAAAAACACACAUGUGAGAUUUUAUUGUCACAUUCAAAAUAAACAAUUAGUGUAUGUAGCGUCGAGUGAAUGUAUCUUAUCGCGACCUCCCUGUGUGAUUAUUGUACUCUUGUUCGAUAGUGAUAACGGCAAAACAAUUCAAUUUCGUACUUUUAUCAAAAGUGGCAUCGAUUAUAUAAAUAAGUCAAUUAUUUAUUACAAAAGAGAAGUGAGAACGAUGGGGAAUAUGUUUGGUACAAUUUUUGGUAAGAAGCAUUAUCGUAUAUUAAUGCUCGGUCUUGAUAAUGCUGGAAAAACAUCGAUACUCUAUCGUCUUCGUCAUAAAGAAGCAAUCACAACUAUACCUACAGUUGGAUUUAAUGUCGAAACUGUUCUACUAGGUCAUGUGAAAUUCAAUGUUUGGGAUGUUGGUGGACAAGACAAAAUUCGACCAUUAUGGCGGCAUUACUAUACCGGAUCUCAAGGACUUAUCUUCGUUGUUGACUCAUGUGACCGUGAACGUAUCGAAGAAGCAAGUCAUGAAUUAGACAAAAUCAUCAAUGAUCGUGAAAUGCGAAACACUGUUCUUUUAAUAUUUUGUAACAAACAAGAUAUGCCAGAUUGUAUGCAGCCUGCUGAAAUACGCCAACUAUUACAUCUAGAUAAACUCACACGUCCGUAUGCAAUUAUGUCAUGCUCCGCAUUGCAAGGAACUGGUUUACCGGAAGGUCUCAAAUGGCUGUCUGAACAUUGUAAAUAG